AUGGAGAGGAAAAGAAGCCAUGUCUCUCUUACCAUGUUUGCAAUGCUUGUUGCAUUGCUUUCCCAAAACCUUGUAAUUCCUGUAAUAUCCACCACUGUUGAAGAUCAGAAGAACUACUAUACACCUGAUCCUCAUUCUCCCUCAGGCUCACAUAGGAGUCCUCCAUCUCAUGGACAUGGAAGCUCUCCACCAUCACAUGGUGGUGGAGGUUAUUAUCCAUCCCCUUCAACACCUUCAGGUGGAAACUGUGGAUCAUCACCACCACAUCAUGAACCUUCUCCAACACCCUCAACACCCUCAACACCAUCAAACCCUCCCUCAGGUGGAUACUAUAACAACCCACCAACUCCAGUCACUGUGAGCCCACCAACCACCCCUAUUGACCCUGGCACCCCUUCUAUCCCCUCACCACCUUUGGUUCCUUCUCCAUCUCCCUUCACAGGCACAUGCAACUACUGGAGGUCUCAUCCAGGAAUCAUAUGGGGAUUGCUUGGUUGGUGGGGAACAUUAGGUAGUGCAUUUGGUGUCACAAGUGUUCCAGGGUUCAGUCCUGGACUCAGCUUGCCACAAGCACUCUCAAACACCAGAACUGAUGGGUUAGGAUCACUCUACAGAGAAGGAACAGCUUCAUUUCUCAACUCAUUGGUGAACAACAAGUUCCCUUACACAACCAACCAAGUGAAGGACAGUUUUGUGGCAUCUCUAAACUCUAACAAGGCUGCAGCAGCACAAGCCCAGCUCUUCAAGAUGGCCAAUGAAGGAAGAAUGAAGCCUAGACCAUGA